UCCGGUGGCCGGCCGUUGCCCGGGGACAGAACGGGAAGUGACGUUCCGGUGGCCGGCCGUUGCCCGGGGACAGAACGGGAAGUGACGUUCCGGUGGCCGGCCGUUGCCGGGUGACGAGCUCUGGCAGUCCGCUCGAGCUGCCUGUCAGUUUGGAGCGGGCCGUCGCCAUGAACAGUCCGGGGGAGGAGCGGGAAGUUGCGGCCUACGAGCGGCACGUUUCCAGAAACAGCUGCCUUUACCACUACCUGAAGGUCGGCCUAGAGUUUGGGGAAACGAGGCCUGCGUUCAAGGUGAGCGCUGCUCACUUUAAACAGUUGAUCGUUUCGGCGCUGAAGGAUUUGCACGGAGAGUUUGGAGCUGCCUUACCUGUUGAUGUAUUGAGAUAUGAAGAAACAACAUUGACAGCUACAUUGAGAGUAAGAAGCAGUGGCCUUGUGAAGCUGUGGAGUGCACUGACCCUGCUGGGAUCUUAUCAAAAUCAGAAGUGUGCUUUCAGAGUGAUGCAGGUCUCGCCAUUUCUUCUUGCACUAUCGGGCAACAGUAGAGAAUUGGUGUUAAACUGAGGUCAUUGACAAUUAACAGGUGUUUAAAGUGAC